GAGAACCCAUUCUCAAAGCUUGUCCCCUCACAAACCAUUGCCAUCAUCCCCGAGUUUACGCUCGAUUCGGGUCAUGUGCUGCACCAGGUUCCUGUCGCCUACCGGACCUGGGGAACCCUGAACGACGCAGGGGAUAACGCAAUGAUCAUUUGCCAUGCCCUUAGUGGAAGUGCCGAUGUUGAGGACUGGUGGGGUCCGUUGAUGGGACCUGGGCGUGCGUUCGAUCCGACAAAGUUCUUUAUCAUCUGCUGCAAUGUCCUCGGCUCACCUUAUGGCACUGCUUCUCCCGUGACUAUGAACCCGGAAACCGGAGUCAACUACGGACCUGAAUUCCCUCUGGCGACCAUCCGCGAUGAUGUCAGGCUUCAUAAGCUAAUCCUAGACGACUUAGGUGUCAAGUCAGUAGCGAUCUGUGUCGGAGGAUCGAUGGGAGGAAUGCAGGUCCUGGAAUGGUCCUUCUUCGGUACCGAGUAUGUUAAAGCCAUCAUUCCUAUUGCCACCUCUGCAAAACAUUCGGCAUGGUGUAUCAGCUGGGGCGAAGCCCAGCGUCAAUCGAUCUACAGCGACCCCAAUUAUCUUGACGGAUACUAUACUUCUGACGCACCGCCCUCGGUGGGUCUCGGAGCAGCAAGAAUGGCUGCGCUGUUAACAUACCGCUCGCGCAACUCUUUCGAGUCCCGAUUCGGACGCAAGGUCAUGGAUCGUCCUACAUACUCGACUGCUCGUGAACCAGCGUCUCCUGCUGAGGAACACCAUCAAAUUCAUAAUGACGGACACCGCAGGACCAAAGGCCACCUUUCUCGCAGCAGUUCGACCAGGAACAAGAGCCAGAAGCCCACAGUGUUCUCUGCACAGAAUUAUCUCCGGUACCAGGGUGAGAAGUUCAUUCACCGGUUCGAUGCCAACUGCUAUAUUGCGAUCACACGCAAGAUGGAUGUGCAUGAUGUCUCGGCAGGCCGAGGCGAGUUGGUCGAGGUACUCGACAACAUCAAGCAGCCGGCAUUGGUCAUUGGCGUGGAAUCGGAUGGAUUGUUCACGAUCUCGGAGCAGUACGAGCUGGCGGAGCAUUUGCACGACUCGGAAAUGGUCGUGGUUCAGUCGCCCGACGGUCAUGACGGGUUUUUGCUUGAAUUUGAGCAGAUCAAUAAUGCAAUUAUUUCAUUCAUGCAGAAGCAUCAGCAUAUCCAAGAUAUCCUGAGUAGGGAAGGUGUCCAGCCCACCGCAGAGGUCGGAGCUGUGGUCAAGGAGAGUUUGUUUGGAGAGAGCGAGAUCGUCAACUGGUAG